CUCCACGAAGUCACUGUACGCGGAUCACAGUUCUGGUCAAACUUCGUCUUCUUUUGACACCUUUCCUGGGAACUAUAUCAAACUGUACAUAUUCGACCGUUUUUAUUCGGCUCGCGUCUCGCCCCGUCUUACCCGUCGGCUUGAGACUUUGCAGACUAAUCGCGAGCCCUUCCAGUGGGGGUGUCACACAGGUCUGAUGCCGCAGCUUCCUGCAUUGAAGGACCACUCGGAGCCCCACACCCCGAACUGAAACCAGGGGGAUUCCUAACUCGGACCCCGCUGUGCUACACAACGAAGCCACUUGGUCUCUUGGUGUUUGCCCGAGUCGAGCCACCGGUGGACUGUUACUAAGUGGAAGCGGAACCGCGAGGACUCCAAUCUGAGAUCUUCCUUCGGAGUUGCUCGUAGCUCGUAGCAGCUAGGUUGCUAAUGGCUAAUAGCAGCAGGUAGCUGGACAGAAGAAGAAAACAGACAUGUGUGUUCUCCUACUAUAGUAGACACACCCGCGAAACCUAUACAUUUGGACGCAGCCAGGCAUGGUACGUUUGAGCGUAAUAACUAGCUGACAUGUUCAAGCAACUGCACUAACUUUGCUAACGUUAGCUAGCCACCUAUAGCUCGUCCUGUUGCUCUGUCAGCGUCAAUAUCGUACAAGGAAAAGGCAAAAGACUCGCCGAGGCUCGCCUUUACAAUUCCAUUUAUCACUUGGCGAAAGACUUGAACAGAACAUGCCCCCCAAAAGAAAGCCGGUGCCCCUGACCAUAACACCCAUCGGAGAAGCACAGGCCACCUCGAACACCAUUGAUGCUGCAUCCGAAGCAAACCUCGAGGCCUUACAAAAGAAACUGGGUGAGCUUGACCUGGACGAGCAACAGAAAAAGAGACUGGAGGCCUUCCUCACCCAGAAAGCUCAGGUCGGGGAGUUGAAGGACGAGGAUUUUGACCCCAUUUGUGAGUUAGGUGCGGGCAAUGGAGGAGUGGUCAACAAGGUGCGCCACAAACCUUCCGGUUUGGUUAUGGCUCGCAAGUUGAUCCAUCUGGAAAUUAAGCCUGCCAUCAGGAACCAGAUUAUCAGAGAGCUGCAGGUUCUGCAUGAAUGCAACUCCCCCUACAUUGUGGGCUUUUAUGGCGCUUUUUACAGCGAUGGAGAGAUCAGCAUCUGUAUGGAACACAUGGACGGUGGCUCCUUGGACCAGGUUCUAAAGGAGGCACGCAAAAUCCCUGAAGACAUCCUAGGAAAAGUCAGCAUAGCUGUGCUGAGAGGAUUGGCCUAUCUGCGGGAAAAACAUCAGAUCAUGCACAGAGACGUCAAACCCUCAAACAUCCUGGUGAACUCUCGUGGUGAGAUAAAGCUCUGUGACUUCGGUGUGAGCGGCCAGCUUAUUGACUCGAUGGCCAACUCCUUUGUGGGAACACGCUCGUACAUGUCGCCGGAGAGACUGCAGGGGACUCACUAUUCUGUUCAGUCUGACGUAUGGAGUAUGGGUCUGUCCCUGGUAGAGCUGGCCAUCGGCCGCUACCCAAUACCCCCUCCAGACGCCAAAGAGCUAGAGGCGAUCUUUGGACGGGCUGUCUUGGACGGGGCUGAGGGAGAUCAGCAGAGCAACACACAGAGGCCCAGACCACCUGGAAGACCUGUUAGCGGACAUGGGAUGGACAGUAGACCCGCCAUGGCCAUCUUUGAACUCUUGGACUACAUUGUGAAUGAGCCACCUCCAAAGCUACCACAUGGUGUCUUCACUAAUGACUUCCAGGACUUUGUCACAAAAUGCUUGAUCAAGAACCCAGCUGACAGGGCAGAUCUGAAGAAACUUAUGAGUCACACGUUCAUCAAGCGGUCAGAAGUGGAUGUAGUGGACUUUGCCGGCUAUUUGUGCAAAACCAUGGGCCUGAACCAGCCCAGCACCCCCACCCACAGCACUGAGUGAACAAGGCCCAGCUGCUCCACCUCUCACAUCUGGGUUUUGCUUGCAAACACAUUCAAAAUACUGUACAUACACAAGCCAUCACACACAAUGGCACUUUCCCAUGUUAUUUGGUAAAUCAGUUUUGGCUCAGCCCAGUUUUUAUUUCCCUCCUCCAAUGGAAGGAGCUUGUCUGAAUCAUUGUACUGUAAGACCACAGCUUCACCAUGCCAGUGUCACUCUCCUGCACUGCCUCACAGGAUGUUAAGCACUGAAGGGCUGCUCGAUUGUCAGCUGAAUUUUCAUUGAUCGAAAAACUUCUUUCCAAUUGUUUGGUUUUCUGAAUCGUUUUACCCCCCCCCCCUCCAUGGCAAUGUUUGAUGGCUUGUGGUUUGUACUUGAAUAAAGGCUCUGCUGUAGUGAAGCAAGUCUGAAUUGAGGGUCAUAAAUGUAUCAUCCAUGGGUUGUCCAAUUUGAUUUGGCAGUCAAAUGCAUUUGAAGACAAGAAGUCCAGCCAGUUCAUUCUGAAAUUUCAACUUGUGAUAGCCCAUCUAGUAUUCUGUGGAAGACGGCAGGGAAGGCAUGUCGCAGCUAUUAUGUAUAUUACCUUCCAGAACAAUGAGACAUCACAAAAUGGUUUUGUCAUGAUGAUACCCUUUUAUCCAUAUCUAAUUCCACACAAAUUUAGGAUAUAACAUCUCACAUUUACUGACAGAGGGGGCUCACAAUGAGGAAAUAUAAUGCCAGGUUGUCUUUAUUUAAAUUGAGGAAAAAGAAUGAUUCAAAUGUAUUCAUAAGAUGUUAACGCAUGGUUUAUCUACUGUAUGUGUGUUUUGUUUCCUAGGAUCAAGGUGGGGGGUAAAUUAGCCAAUGUUUUUAUUUUUAUCAACCUCUGAAAUAUCAAUCUGAAAUGUUCAAUCAUGAUUUUUGACUAUAGCUUUUUUUCUUUGUUGAUGGUCUCUUCUCCCCUCUUGCAGAUGUUUAGUUUUGUUCUCAUUGUACUGCUACGUGUGAAGUACUGGGCUUUCUCUUGUGACACGAGCAGGACAUGCGACCAGGCGACCUUUCUUUUUCAGCACAUACAAAUUCACUUACUAGUGCAACUCCCAACAAGUUCAAGCAAAAAGAAAAAAGGAAAAAAAAAAGCUGUGGGUUGAACACUUUACCCAUGUCAGUGUUGAUUACAUGGUGGUGGUGUUACUUUACUAGCCUGCUGUCUUGCUCGAGCUCUUGUAUUCUCUCUGCUUAUGGCUGCCCUGACUUACAACCCCCAGAAUGUGCAUUCGUUAAUGCAAAGAUGGAUGCAUUGGCACUUGUAUGUGUACAAAGCUAUAUACAAAAAAAUAAUAAUAACAGGAGUACUAUUUUGCAGUCUUAAUAUACAAAUUUUUGAUUUAUGUAAAUGACAAGGGAGAAGAGUCAUAAUAUAAAAUGUGUUGGAUAUGGUUAUAAUGUAUAAAAAAUAUUCAA